AUGUAUAGUAACACAAAGUAUGCAUCGACAGUGCUAGCAAAUUUGGCAGUCUAUGGUAUUUUAGCAGCAUUUCUUCAAAGCGAUGAAGCUAAAAGUGGAGUUCGUCCAGAAGAUUUGAAACAUUUCAGUAAUGCUGCGUACAUAGUUAUCGCUUCUGGUGUUGUCGCGACUUUAAUCUUCUAUGCACUUACGAAGGAACCAAAAGGUUAUCAAAUAAAGCUCCUAAACGACUCUAGUGAACCGGCUGUUAAGCAAAUGUCAUUUUCAAAUUGGCUUUGUGAGCCACAGUUUUAUCAGAUUUCUGCAUUAUAUACACUUUCUCGACUGUACAUGAACGUAUCGCAGGUGUAUUUUCCGUUCUAUGUUACAUUUGGACAGAAUUUUUCCAAGAUGAUAUUCAUCCUUGGAUGUCUUGUCGGUAUUGCCAACUGUGCAUGGAUGUAUUUCCCAUUAGACAAGGCUGACUUAUUUAUUGUUUCAAUUAUUUUCGGUGGUGUACAAGCAGUUCUACUUGUUGGAUCUCUUGCGUUCACCUCCGAUUUGAUUAACAAAAAUACGGAGAGUGCUGCUUUUGUAUUUGGUGCUAUGAGCUUCUUAGAUAAACUAGUCAACGGACUUGUAUAUCAGAUUAUCGAAUUGUUCAAUCCUGAAUGCAGGGACGACCAAAAUAACAUUGCGUGCACACAUUUCUACCGAAUUAUUAUGGCUUAUGUGCCUGGUUGCUGUUUAGUGCUCGCUCUUAUUGUCUUGUUAUCCCUGCUAACAAAAAAAAUUGGUGCCCGAUAA